GUGUAAACAAGAGACGUUUGGCAAACCAAUCUAAAAAUUAACAGCAUACAUUAUAAAUAUAUAGGCCAUGCAGCACAGAACAGUAAAUAAUCAUCAGAUCAUUGAAGGACUGAAAACCUACAUUUAGAGAAGAAGGAGAAGUAACUAAGAAAUAAAUUAUGUUGUAUAACUGAAACUACUAUAGUCCAUGUAGUUAGUCAGGGUUGAGAUGUUUAAUACUUAAAAAUGGAAUGGAUGAAAGGGGAGUAUUCCAAGUUAAUAAGUUUUGUCUCGGCAUCAGGUGAUGAUAAAAGUAGGAAGAGGAAAACUGAAAGCAGGAAAGUAAAUGGAAAUUUAGAGGGAACAGAAGUGAGGAAUUUUUACGAAGAUAUUAUUAAUGAAGAAAGUUCAUCUUCUGUAAAGAUUGAUGGAAUACAGACAUGUAGAGAAAAAAUAUGUCCUGAAAAUAGAAGGAAAGAUAAUAGUUGUUCUAAAACACAAGCAAAUAGAUCAGACAUUACCCAAAUAGAUAUUAACAGGUAUUUAAGAUAUGCCCAGGAAGGAAAUUUAAGACAGUUAAAGGUACUGAUUUCAAAAGGUGUACCUGUUGAUAGUCAUGAUCAGUACGGCUGGUCUGCUUUAAUGUGUGCAGCACACUCUGGUCAGUUAAAUAUUGUGAAAUAUUUAUUAUCAGCAGGUCUCAAAACAGAUAUUGUUGAUAGACAUAAUAAAAGUGCUUCUGACAUUGCAGGAACUGCUGGAUUUCCAGAUAUAUCAAAGUUCAUUGAAACUUGGAAACCUGGAUCUACUCAGGUCAAUUUUCCAGUGGAAAAAAGUCAAGACAGUGAAUCAUUUUAUUGUGACAUUUGUAAACAGAAAUUCACAGAAAGUUCUCUGAAAAAUCAUGAAAGCUCCAUGGUUCAUAUAUUUAACUCUAAAAAGAAAGCUAAGGAUGAUCCAUUUCUUAUUCCAUCCUCAAAUAGAGGCUACAAGAUUAUGUUAAAAAGUGGUUGGGAUGGCAGAGAAGGAUUAGGAUCAGAAGGUCAAGGACAAAGAUAUCCAGUAAAAACAAUAUUGAAAAAAGAUAGAAAGUGUCUUGGUUCUGAAAAAGAGGAAAAACCAAAAAUUACUCAUUUUAAUGCUAAUGACAAAAUGGCCAUUACAAAGAAUCCAGAGAGGAAAUUGUCAAAACGAGGCUUAAUUAAAAAAGACCAAAAACAAAAAGUGAAAAGACAAAAACAGUGGGAAAGAAAUUUAAGGACAACUAUGUCACUUGAUUUUUGACAUUUACAAAUGCAACAGCCUAUAGCCAUGAUAGCUAUAAGAUUUGAACACAUAUUUUAUGAUGUCCUCCUUUAUGCUAGAAAACAAUGAUAAAACUGAAGUGUCAUAUUUAUAAUUUUAUUUUAAGUUUUGCCCUUUCACUGCGUACUCACACAUGGUUCAUUUGUUUAGCUGUCCUGGACCAUAUUGGACUAUGUGAGCUAUUGCCAUCACUUUACAUCAGUCAGACAUUUUUAUCUUUUUGAAUCUGCUGGCCCUAAGUUUAAAUAAAACUGCUUAAAAAUUUAUUAGGAAUGAUUUAUCAAAGGUUCUCUUUAAAUGAGCCACAUUUGAUUCUUAUAUAUCAGAUAAAAACAUGAACAUCAGAGACAAUAUUUGAUUCUGUUUAGCCAUUUAGACAAAUUUUAUUCUUCGAAAUCACAUGGCAUUGUAUAUAUAUGUUCAUGAUGUUAGAGAACUGGUGAUGGAAAAAACCUAUUACUGUCAAUCCUAAUUUAAUUUUGAUCAAAGUGUUGAAAAAUAUGGUCUAUAUUUAAGUUGAAAUAUGUCUUUGAUAUUUUUUGUUGCAUCUUGGAUGAAAGUCAUGAAGGUAACACAUAAAGUGAUCUAGAAUCUCUCAUUGUCUGCAUUGUUAGUGUUAACAACAUAUUGGUGCAGCUAGUAUAAAGUGUUUUUUAACCGGAUUUUAGAAGGAAAUAUCGGUUAUUGAUUUGGGGAUGUACGGCGGGCGGCUGCCAAACAGUGUCUCUUCAAUAACAUGAAAACGUUGUGAUGAUUUUUUUUUUCAGAUAUGUUGUUUCUUGUGACUAUAUGAAGGUCAAGUUCAAUUUUCAGGAUUUUAGUAUUUCUCCUUUUUGAGUUAUCACCAUUUUUAUUAUCCAAAAGUGGUAUUUUUAAAUAUUUUUCUCUUGUUAUUACAUUAUGACUAAGCAUAUGGUAAAAAUCUUAUCUCACAAUUAUAAUUGGAGUGAUAGAUUUAUUUGAAAAUUUUCUAUUUCCUAAGUGGUGAUGAUUAUAAGCUAUAUUAUUAGACAUUUUGAAGUUAAUUACUUUACUAAUUUUUAUAUAUGUAAUGUUAGAGUACUAUUUUAAACCAAAGUUCUGUUCAAAGGGAAAGAACCCUCCAGAUUUGCAAGUAUGAUUUUCAUUAUUAAUUAGAUCUGGGAAAUAUCUUAGCAUAUGAUAAUAAUUGGAGUGACAGAUUUAUUUGAAAAUUUUCUGUUUCCUGAUAAGAUCUGUAGGACUGUAUAUAUAAAGUUUGAAAUUUACUAGUAGGACUGUAUAAAUGAAGUUUGAAAUUAACUGUUCAUUAUUAACACAUUGAAGAUAAUUACAGAUAAGUUUUAUAAGUUUUUAAGAGAUAGACAUUUUUAAGUUAAUUACAUUACUAAUAAUUAUAUAUGUAAUGUUAGAGUACUAUGUUAAACCAUAGUUCUUUUCAAAGGGAAAUAACCCUUCAAUUUGCAAGUAUGAUUUUUAUGCCCCCGCCGUAGUGGAGGGGGCAUUAAGUUUUACCCUUUUCUGUCUGUACAAUCGUACGUACGUCCGUAUUUGAAUUUUGGUGAUGUCACUUUAACCGUUCUAGAGUUAUGCCCCUUUAUAAAUGGAAAAAUUGCAAAAUUUUUAGUUUCCGUUCUCUAACUUAAGUUUGCAGCAACCAAAUGUUAUGAAACUUAUACACAAUGCUAAUUACCACAAAACACAGAUCAAGUUUGAAUUUUGGUGGGGUCACUUUAACCAUUCUCGAGUUAUACCUUUUAUAAAUGGAAAAAAAUGCAAAAUUUUUAGUUUCUGUUCUCUAACUUAAGUUGCCUCAACCAAAUGUUAUGAAACUUAUACACAAUGCUUUUUACCACAAAACACAGAUCAAGUUGAAUUUUGGUAGUGUCACUUUAAUCAUUAUCGAGGUAUGCCCCUUUAUAAAUCGAAAAAUUGCAAAAUUUUUAGUUUCCGUUCUGUAACUUAAGUUUGCCCCAACCAAACAUGAAACCUGUAUACAAUACUUAUUACCUUAAAACUCAGAUCAAGUACAAAUUUGGGUCGCGUCACUUUUUAUCGUUCUUGAGUUAUGUCCCUUUACAAUGUUGUAUGCAGGUGGGGGGGGGCAUCAUCUGUGUCCAUGCGGACACAUUCUCCAUUUUCAUUAUUAAUUUUUCUUUUCUUUGGUAAAUUGUUUGAAGAAUUUUAUGGUGUGUUUGUUAUUUUGUAAAAACUAAUUUUCUGAGUGAUAUAUAUAUAUAUAAUUGUUUUGUUGUGUCUGUUAAUUUUAAUUUUUACUUGAUCUUGUUUGGGGUUCCAGAUUUGAAAAUUCAUUAGAUAAUAAUCUAUUACUUAUAAGUUAAAAAGUUAAAAUUAAGAUAAGAUAAGUUGCAGAUCUAUAUUAGUAUGUUACAAAUGAAAGAAAAAAUAUUGGGAACUAUCAACUACAAAAAAAAUGUAUAUAUAUAAAGUUUGAUUACACUAAGUGAUAAGAUGACACACAUCUGGUAAUUGUCAAUGCACUCACCCAAUUAUAAUUGGAGUGAGAGAUUUAUUAGAAAACUAUUAAUUAUAUUUGAUUAUAAUUUAAAAAUAAAUAUAACAUCACAUCUCUUUACAUCAUAUCUAAUGUUAGAGUCUAUGGUUAAAUCAUAUUCAAUUUUAGAUUUACAUUAUUGGUUCAUGGAAAUAAAGCUUGAGUUAUUUCCAUUUGAACAGUAAUGGUUUAACUAAGAAGUAUUUCAUCAAAAAUUGAAUUCUUGGGGUUCUUUGAUAUGCUGAUUCUUGCAAUGUACUUAGAUUUUGGAUAUUGGACCAUAUUAGGUAAAUGUUCAAUUUCAAAUUUUUCAGUUCUUUGACCACAUUUAUUUUGUGUCACAAACCCAUGCUGUAUCAAAUAUUCAAUCACAAUCCAAAUUCAGAGCUGUUUUAAGCUUAAAUGUUGUGUCCAUACUUGCUCAACUGUUCAGGGUUUGACCAUUGCAGGAAAAUCUGGUUUGCUGUCUGUCUGACAGCCUCUUGUUAUUGUUGACGUUAUAAAACAUUUAUGGAAUUUUA